UACGGGACCCAGUCAUUAAGAGCACUACCAACAAGCUCGAAGAAAUAACGACCUGAUUCUGUUAAAUAAAUAAGUGUCUUGUUAAAGAUAUUAAGUGCUAUGGUACGGUGCUUCUUCUCUUUGCCACGUAGAGAUAAAUUCUCCCUGCGUGGAACCCUUCAAAACAAAGAUUCUAAUGGUCUGAUCCACCGGCUGGGCUGAAGCCUCGCUCUCCCCAAAACUGAAACUGAACCAGCCCAAGGGGAAAGGAGGGCCGGGAAGGACAUCUAAGGAAAGCGCAUGCGCCACGGCGCACUUAUCGGGGAGGGAGCCGAGGCGGCCGCUGAAGGCUUGCUUGAAGGUCAUUGCUUAGAAUGCAACUGCGUCUGAACAACCAUGAAGUGGCUGUGUAUAAUUAUGAGCCCCAAAUUAAGAUACUCUGUUUUGGUAAAUAUAUCAAUGAUUCCAAAUUGGAUGAAAAUUGUUCCAUGUCCUUAUGUCAUUAUAAAUAGAAUGAUGUCAAAUCAUAAGCCUAAAAGGAACAUCACAGAAUAUUACAACAUACUUAACCUUGAUGAAGGCUGUUCUACUCUUGAAGUAAGAGAAUCUUUUCAUCAGCUUGCCAAGCAGUUUCAUCCAGAUUGUGGAUCCAGUACAGCUGAUUCUGCAACAUUUAUACAGAUAGAAGAAGCCUAUAGGGUAGUACUUAACCAUGUAAUGGAGAAAAAAAAGAAAACAAAUAAAAUUGAGGAAGAGGAGGAAGAAGAUAUGCUCAAAUAUAAAACACCACAACAUAGGCAUUAUUUAAGUUAUGAAGGUUUUGGUUUGGGGACUCCAAGUCAACGAGAAAAACAGUAUAGACAAUUUAGAGCAGAUCGUGCUAGUGAAAAAGUACUGGAAUAUCAAAAGCGGAAACUGGAAAACCACUAUUAUGCUAAUAAUGUGACUGUUAAAAAUGUAAGACAAAGUAAGAAUCAAAAAAUAACUCAAGCAAUUGACCGCUUAGUAGAAGAUCUCAUUCAGGAGUCAAUGGCUAAAGGAGACUUUGAUAAUCUCAGUGGUAAAGGAAAACCCCUGAAAAAGUUUUCUGGUUGCUCAUACAUUGAUCCUAUGACUCACAAUUUGAACAGAAUUCUGAUAGAUAAUGGAUACCAACCAGAAUGGAUUUUAAUGCAAAAAGAAAUAAAAGAUACAAUUGAGCAACUUAGAAAAGACAUUCUAUUGUCAAGGAAUAAACUUGGGCAUCCAAUGACAUCCAGUGAGCUAAAGCAGUGGAGCCAAGAUUGUGAAAAGUUUCAAGAAAAUAUUAAAAAAUUAAACAAGCGAGUUAAUUAUUUUAAUUUGAUUGUUCCUAUUCUGAAUAGGCAAAAAGUUCAUUUUGAUGCAGAGAAAGAAAUCGCCAGAGUCCUAAAAAAUUAUGAUAACCUAACAGCAGAGAAGGUGGAUGAUAAAAGCACAAUUAACAUUGAAUCAAAAAAUGUUAAAACAGCUGGAUUCAAGACAGGGUUUUUUAAAUGGCUAAAUCUAUGGAAAAGAGUUAAAAUAUAAUGAUUUCAAGAUUUAGUGCCAUUAUAUUUCAAAAUCUUUUUUUUUUUAAAGAUAUGCUGACUUCAAACAUGAGAUAUGUACUAUCACAUUUGCAAGAAUUUAUGUCUGCCCAUUUCUGUUUUCUUCUUUUCUCAGUGACUCUGGAACUUAUCAAAUGAAUGAAUUUCCAACUAGUUUUUAGGAUGCAUGUGCACAUCAAUUAUAUGUCAAGAAAACCCUCAACAAUCCAAAAAAUACAAACCCAAGGACACUCAUUUUGAGGGGAGAAGAAACCACAUUCAACAAACUUUGCACUUAAGAUUAGUCAUCAGGUAAAUGAACUGGGAUAAGAAUAUGGGAGUAGUAAAUUCGGGGUAUGAGGCCAAUAAAGAUUGCUUCUACUAUUAAA